AUGUCCUCAUCGAGGCGACACAGAACAAAGAACGCCGACUACAAAGACGCCUCUACCAGCAGUGAAGAUGGCUCGCGCCGUCGCCAUUCGAAUCUAUCCCGUGGCUACCGGCCGGGCGUCCAGAGGGAGGAUUCCCUUAUAAAAACAACCCAUCAGCCCGAGGCCCAAAAGAAAUACGACAGCGGAUGGGAUACCGACUACGACCCCAAGGAUAAAUAUUACCUCUCAGACGAGGAAGACCCUCUGGACUCGUACUUCUCGCCCAGGGCGGCAGCGAGGGAGCCUGCCAAGGAGGAGAAUGAUGGCAGGGAGCAGCGGCGGCAGAGCACCUCGAGAAGGAGGAAGGGGGACAGCCAGACUCGCUCGCAUGGGCACUCUCGACGGCGCUCACCCUCACCUUCACGCCACCGCUCACGAGAAGACGAUGCAGAUGACGACGACGGACACAGAAGACACAAAACCACAUCCUCGAAGCCGAACCCAGCUUCACACACAAACCAUCACUCCCGGCCCCAGACAACGAGGGCUGCCUCGUCAUACCGCCAGCACCGCAACCACGCCGCCACCACCUCCUCCUCCUCCUCCCGGCCACGCACUACCAGGGCAGCCUCAUCAACCUACACGGGCUCCCGCGCCAGCCGCCCACGGCCACGGCGCGGCCUGUCCGACAAGUCGAUCCGGACCAUGCCCAAACACGUCCAGAGCAUGGUGAAGCGGCUGGACCCCAGAUCCGUCGCCGAGAUAUCGCGGUUCUGGGACGAUUUCCCUUGGCAGGACGCCGCCAAGGUGGCUAUGCAGGCCGGCACCAUCGCCGCCAUCAAGGUCGGCACCGACUCGAUCCCCUGGCCCGUCAAGGGGACCAAGAUCGCCUCGGCUGCGCUUGGUGCCGCUGUCGUGGAUCAUGUCUUCAAGCCUAAGAAGAAAGGCGGGAUCAAGUACGUCGCCAUGCGCCACCUGGCUGAGGCGGCGGUGGGCAGUCUAGUUGUUGGACCGGCUUUGGGAAAGGCGAGCAAGCGGUCAAGUGGUGGUGGAGGAGGAGGAGGAGGAGGAGGAGGGAGAACGAAGAGGUCUGAAGAGAAACGGUGA